AUGCCAUACCGUGCAAAAUUGUUGAACUACAGUUUCUUUAAAAAUUACAGUCAAGACAUGAUAUACAGCUCUAUACGUCCUGGAAGAAGCUCUGGUGAUCCGACUGUAACUGAUCUACGUAUGCUACAAUAUGAACCUAAUGGUAUUAUAUAUUACAAGCUCAAUUUCGAUGAUGAAUUAAAAGAACUACCAGGCAGGCCAAAAAAAGUGCAAUCAAUUUCUUCAUUUCCAAACCUGUACACUUCAGAAGCUAAAAUACCCCUUGACAAAUGGAAUGAUUUACAGUUUUUAAAGGGGAUGAUGCCAUCUGAUACGCACUCAUUUUAUGAUAAUAUACCUUGCGAAAAUGAAAGUAGAAAAAUGUUAAAACGACAACAGCAAAAUAUUGAAAAGCAGAGGCAGGACAUUUUUUUGGAAAUUGAAGGUGCCAAGAAGAAAAAAAAGAAAUAA